AAUUCUCCAUUGUUUCUACGUCACCCUCGGGGAUGGGCAAGUCACGUGGUACGACUUUCUUAACCUGCGGUUCUGGAAAAAAAUGGAAGAGAGCACAAACAACUUUUAAGAUGACUAUAGCCUUUAUUCCUUAUGGGAGACCAGGUACUAGGUUUGCUCACUGACCUGCAAGCCAAUGUAAGUCCUGCUGAGCACUGCCUGUGAAAGAGGGCCAAUCUCGUUCCCCAUGUCCUCAGGAGGAGGCUCCUGGGGGGGCGCUGAGCGUGACAGACAUGCCCCCCGUUAUGACCAGGUCUCCUCUGGCUCCCCACCUCGAAACCUCCGACGCCAGCGCUCCUCUGAGCUCGCCCUGAGCGCUGACCCCCUUCCCCCUCCGCCCUUGCCAGACCAGCCCCCCGUGGGCCUGGACUCGGGCGUUGAGUCCGCCCCGAGUGACGGCGAGUUGGCCGCUGACCCGGCACUGGACAUCAAGCCCGUGCACCGUUUCAUCCCCGACUCCUGGAAGAACUUCUUCCGGGGAAGCAACCGGAGCAGUAACAAGCUCUGGUCCAUGCCAUCGAACCGGAACAACAACAACGCCGGGAGCAACACGACCUCCAACGGCAUCCGCUGCUCCCCGCCGCACUCCCCCUCCAUCCCUGGCUCCUUCCGCGACCAAUACGGCGGCUCGGGCGGCAGCUACAACUCCCGCAAGGAGCGGGAGGCUAUGCUGGACGCAGAGCUGCCCGAGUCUCUAAUGGACGCGACUGUGCGGACGGCGCACACGGGCUUGACCUACGGCGAGCGCGUGGAGGAGUACCACCUUCGCUACUCCUACAUGAAGUCGUGGGGGGGGCUGCUGCGCAUCCUCGGCUGUGUGGAGCUGCUGCUGGGUGCGGCAGUCUUCGCCUGCGUAUGUGCAUACAUCCACAAGGACAACGAGUGGCACAACAUGUUUGGAUUCUCCCAGCCAGGGAUGUAUGGAGGAUCCUAUGGAGGCUAUGGGGGCUCAGGGUAUGGCGGAUACUACUACACCGGGCCCAAAACUCCCUUUAUUCUGGUUGUGGCAGGAUUGGCUUGGUUGGUGACUGUGAUCUUACUUGUUAUGGGAAUGACCAUGUACUACCGCACCAUCCUGCUGGACUCUAACUGGUGGCCCUUGACAGAGUUUGUGAUUAACUUAGCCCUGGCACUACUUUACUUAGCAGCCGCAAUCGUGUAUGUGAACGACACACGAAGGGGUGGACUGUGCACUUAUCCCAUGUUCAAUACCCCCAUCAACGCACCAUUUUGCCGUGUUGAGUCUGGGCAGACAGCUGGCAUCAUUUUUCUUUUUGUCACCACAUUGGUGUACUUGAUUGGCGCCAUAGUGUGUCUCAAACUCUGGAGACAUGAGGCGCGAAGGCUGCACAGGGAGAAGUAUGGGCAUGAGAUGAUGCCAAGGGAGACAGCUGAUGGAAGACUUCCGCAGGUUGUGAUGGCUGGCACAAGGGGCGCUGAACCCAUGCCAAUCUCGGAGAUGUCUAUCCAGGCUGAAGCAGCUGCUCCUGCUGCUCUCAAGCCCAAGGUUGUGAAGGGUCACAUCCCAUCUGGCUACAUCCCCAAGCCUGUGGUCAUGCCUGAUUACAUUGCUAAGUACCCCGGUAUUCGCACCGAUGAGGAGCGGGACCAGUACAGAGCUGUGUUUAAUGACCAGUAUGCAGAGUACAAGGAGCUGCAUGCUGACGUCCAGGUCACGCUCAAGAGGUUUGAUGAGAUGGACGCCAUGAUGCGGAAUCUCCCUCAGCAUGUCAACAGUCAAAUGGAACAUGAUCGUAUAAAUAAAAUUCUUCAUGAGUACCAGAGGAAGAAAAUGGAUCCAACGUUCCUGGAGAAGAAAGAGCGGUGUGAGUAUCUGAAGAACAAACUCGCCCAUAUCAAGCAGCGGAUCCAGGAAUAUGACAAGGUCAUGGAGUGGAACGACGAAAUGUCCUCCAAACCAAAUGGGAGCCCACCUCCCUAUGAAUUGGAAAAUGAAUACAAUGUGGCAUCACAGCCAGCUUAUUCCUACUAUGCCGACGAUGAGAUCCAGCACUUCUAUCGUUGGAACUCACCCCCAGGGAUCAUCAAGAUCAUGUCCAGCAUCGGCAUCAUCCUGUGUGUGGGCAUCUUUGCCUGUGUGGCCUCCACCCUGGCUUAUGACAACACCACUGCGCUUGGAGGAUUUGGGGGAUAUGGUGGUGGGGGGGGAUAUGGUGGUGCAGGAUAUGGCAGUGGGACCUAUGGUGGUUCCUAUGGAGGAGGCGGAUUUGGAGGUUACAACAGUGGGGGAUUCAACUAUGGAGGCUUAGACUACAACAACGACCCCAGGAAAGGAAAGGGCUUCAUGAUGGCAAUGGCAAUCCUCUCCUUCCUGGCCCUCCUGAUUAUGUUCAUCAUGGUCAUCUCCCACCAGCGUGUGUCCCAGGGCAGGAAGUUUUAUUUGGCCAUCAUCAUCGUCUCUGCCAUACUGGCCUUUCUCAUGUUCAUUGCGACCAUAGUGUAUCUAGUAGCGGUCAAUCCCAUGGCCCAGUCGUCCGGUUCGGUCCAGUAUACCCAAGUCCAGGCUUUGUGUGCUCAAUAUCAACAACCACAGCAAGUUGGGGUGUUCGUCAACCAGUAUCUGUACCACUAUUGUGUGGUGGAACCCGAGGAGGCCAUAGCCAUCGUGCUAGGAUUCAUUGUGACUACUGCACUGAUCAUCAUCCUGGUGUUCGCGGUGAAGACCCGGCAGAGGAUCAACGCUUAUGGGAAAGACAACAUUCUGUGGAGGCGGGUGAAGGUCGUCGAGGACCCCAAUGCUGUAGGAGAUGUGGAGGCAUGGGUAAAUGAUAUGUCUGCUGUUCCUGAGCCAGUGUUGAAUGCUUUCCCUGAGAAGUUUGGGGGGUCCAGAAAUUACCUAGAUGAGGACAACUCUGACUACAAGCCUCCAUACAGCGCCAGUCCAGUAGUUGCUGAGGAGAUCCCACUGCGCAGUGCUGCCCCCUACAGUAGUGGCUCGGAGAGACCCAGCUCCUCUGGAAGGCCCAAGAAGAAGCAAGGUGGUCGGCACGCAGAUGGUUACGAAACCGAUGGCUACAUGUCCUCUGGCGACGAGCUGGAUGCCGAUGAUUUCUCCAGCGAGUUCCCUCCCAUAGAGUACGAACACGAGAGGGACGAGUACAAGCGUGUGUUUGACGAUGACCAUCUGGAAUACAAAGACCUGCAAGCCGAGCUGGACGCAAUCAACAGGAAAAUGGCUGAGGUGGACCGUGAACUUGAUGACCUUCCAGAGGGGAGCCCCCAGUUCCUUGAUGCCAUGGAUGAGUACAAUGAACUGAAGAACAAAAAGAAGAGUUCAGACUACCAGUUGAAGAAGAAGCGAUGCAAGUAUCUGAAGUCCAAACUGAGUCACAUCAAGAAGAUGGUCAGCGACUUUGACCGAAGAGGGUAAAUUUAUCAUGGCACCAAAUGAGCCCUCUUGAAGUGGUUUCUCUUCCUCAGAGAAGACCAGUGGGAGGUCCUGUAUAAGGGUGAACCAUGUUGACCAGUUUGUGCACACCCUGUGGUCUCUCUCCAAAAUGAGCAAAUGAGGUGAAUGGAUGGACCUUAUAUAUUAUAUAUAGUUAUAAUAUAGAUAUAGUGCUAAGAGUCCUCCACUCAACCAAAGAUAACCACACUGAUUUGCCAUGACAAGCGAUCUGUAUUUCAGAGAUCCAAGUGUUUUGUUUUUUUUGUUAAUUGUUGCAAGAUACUGUUAUUUUUCCCAUCAAUUCUGACCUCUUGAUUCUCAAUAAGCUUUUUGUAACUUGAAUACCGGUACUCACUAUUCUUUGUAAGCUUUUACUGGAGCCUAUGGAUUAAAUGUUUUUUGAAAUGGUUUAAUGGGAACUGAUAACUCCGAUGGUGAUUAUACAUGGAACUGUAAAAGGGCAUCAAGUCAAAACUGACAGGCUAAUACAAAAGGGGAUUUUGAUGGCUAACAAAUCAGUUAGCUAUGCACAGAAUCAUUUUCUUUUUGCAGCCAUCACUGCAGAAGCAAUCAUUUAUACUAAACAGUAUAAUAGACUAGACAUUCUUUGUUUUAACUAUAUUUAUAAAGAUGUAAAUGUAGGUUACAGAGAAGUGCUUUUUGAAACCGUGCUUUUUGAAACCAUGUUUUAAAUACUUUUACAAUACUGUACAGUGUGUUUUAAUGUAAUUAAUUUUUUUUAGUUCAAUUUGUGUCAAGAGUGAACAACAUGGAUUUGUACAUUUUUAUAUGUAAAUUUUAAUAAAAACCCUUAGGUUGAUUCAA